AUGAAAGAAAGCGAAACAAUUCAAGUAUUUUUCUCGAGAGCUUCAACCAUUAUAAAUCAAAUUCAAGCUUUUGGGGAUACAAUAGCAGAGAAGAAAAUUGUUGAGAAACUCUUAAGAAGUUUACCAUUUAAGUUUGAGCAUGUUGUUGCUGCAAUUGAGGAAUCAAAGGACAUCUCCACACUUUCAAUGUAUGAGAUGAUGGGUUCCCUUGAGGCUCAUGAACAACAGAUAAGUAGAUACGUCGAAAAGCCGAUAGAGCAAGCAUUUCAGUCCAAGCUGCACAUCAAAGACAACAACAACCAUGGUGAAAAUGGAAAUCGAUCUCACAACAAAAGCAUUUUUCACUCUAAUGGAAAGAAAAAUUUCAACCAUGGAGGAAAAUCAUAUCGUGGAUGGGGAAGAGGUAUUUUUCAUAACACCUCAAGAUACGACAAUUCAAAACCUUACUGUAAUGUAUGUAAGAAAUCUGGCCAUGAAAGUGAAAAUUGUCGAUACAAGUGCACCAUAUGUAAGAAAUUAAACCAUAUAGAGAAAGAUUGUUGGUCUAAGCAAGACAAUAAAGCAAAUUUCUCCGAAAAGGAUAAUACUUCUGAAAGUUUAUUAUUUUCAUGCUUUAAUUCACACCAAGAAAUACCAGAAAAACGAGAAACAUCAGAAUCACCAGAAAUUUGGUAUUUGGAUAGUGGCUGUAGUAACCAUAUGACUGGAGACAAAACUUGUUUUGUUAGUUUGGAUGAAAAUAUUAACUCUCAUGUUAAACUAGGAGAUGGAAAUCUACACAAAGCCGAAGGAAAAGGUGUUAUUUCUGUAUCAUCUAAAGUAGGACAUAAAUUAAUUCAUGAUGUCUUGUAUGUUCCUGGUCUUGCUCAAAACCUUCUAAGUGUGGGAAACUCAUACAAAGAUGUUAUGUUGUGA